AUGUCUCAAUUUCUCCAUCCGCGCUUCUUCUAUAGCGAUUCAGAGAAGUUGAGAUUGAUUUGUUGUUUUUGUUUUUUAUUUUGUAGUGUUGCGAUUGUUAGGGUUUUGAUUGAGAUUUGUUGGUGGAGGGUUCGAGUUUUUGAAUUUGGUUGGGCCCGUGAACGCAUAUGUUUCAUGGCAAUUGAGAAGAACAGCUUUAAGGUGUCCAGACUUGAUUCCGAGUGUUCUCCCCGAAGUAGGGAAAGUAUGUCCAGUGACGAAGAGGUCAUUUGGCGGCGUAACUCUGCCGUGGAAUCUGACGACGACGAUGAGUUUGAUGAUGCUGAUUCUGGGGCGGGGUCUGAUGAUUUUGAUUUGCUAGAAUUGGGUGAGACUGGGGCGGAGUUUUGUCAGAUUGGGAACCAGACUUGCAGCAUUCCGUUGGAACUGUACGAUCUUGUAGGUCUUGAAGAUGUGCUGUCGGUGGAUGUGUGGAAUGACUGCUUAAGUGAGGAGGAGAGGUUUGAACUUUCUAAGUAUCUUCCGGACAUGGAUCAAGAGACUUUUGUGCGGACCUUGAAAGAGGUUUUCACUGGUUGUAACUUGCAUUUUGGGAGUCCCAUUAAGAAGUUGUUUGAUAUGUUAAAGGGUGGCUUGUGUGAGCCGAGAGUUGCCCUUUACAGGGAGGGCAUGAGUUCUUUUCAGAAGCGACGACACUAUCAUCUAUUGAGGAAGCAUCAGAACAACAUGGUCAGCAAUCUUUGUCAGAUAAGAGAUGCUUGGCUUAACUGUAGGGGAUAUAGUAUUGAAGAAAGGCUCCGUGUCCUGAACAUUAUGAGAAGUCAAAAGAGUUUGAUGUACGAGAAGGAAGAUUUGGAAGUUGAUUCUUCAGAUGAGGAGUCUGGUGAAGGUGUAUGGAGCAGGAAGAACAAGGAUAGGAAAACUUCACAGAAAAUGGGCCGCUAUCCUUUCCAUGGGGUGGGUUCUGGUUCAGAUAUCCAUCCACGAGUACGCUCAGCUGCUAUAGAACAAGAUAAGUUUGGGAAGCAAAACCCAAAAGGCAUACUCAAGUUGGCUGGUUCAAAGCCACCAUCAGUAAAGGACCCAACUGGUCGCGUGUCUUCUGCCUACCAUGCUUUGGAUGUGAGUCCUGGUCUAAAUGGUUCAACUUCUGCUCUUUCUCAUCAAAACAAGUCAGUGGGAUAUGAUUCAGGGUCAAUGCUCAGGAUGAGGGAUCAUCUGUGGAAUGGUGACAACAAUGAGGAAAUGUCAUAUGGACAGACUGUCUAUCAAGAUCGCAAUUUAUUACGUGGCAACAUGAUGGACAAAUCUAGUUUCCGGAAAAUGGGAAAGAGGCAGGACCUUCUGAGAGGUGAUGAGAUGGAUACUGACAAUAUGAUGGGUCUGUCUCUGUCUUCAAGGACUGAUCUGCAUGGAUACACUAGAAAUGCAAACCAAAAUUCUGAUUUAAAAUCUUUCUCGGCAAAGCCAUCUUCUAAGAGAGGUUUGUACGAAUAUUCUAGAAAUGCAAAGUAUCCAGAAAAUAUUCAACAAUUUGUUGGUACUGAAGCGAAGUCCAGAUUUAGGAGUUCACAGUUACCGCUUAAAGGCAGUAUGGUUGACUCAGGAGAUUAUGAUGAACUUUUCUGUAGCAAUGAAACACCAGGACAGGAAUUUGGUAUGGAUUCUUCAUUUAAAUAUGAUGAAUGGUAUAGAAAGGGCAAGAAAUGGAAGGCAGGGAGGGAGUCUCCUGAUCUCAGUUACACUCCUUUCAGAUCGUCCUCGCCACAGGUUAAUGAUAGACUUCUAUCCUCUGACUUCAGAGCAAAAUCGUUGCAGGAGAAGAUCAGGGGGGCUUCUAUACAGAAUGGAGGGAAAGAGACAAUGUCUUUGAGGGGCAACCAGAUGCUUUUAAGAAGUGAAGAAACUGAAUCAGACUCAUCAGAACAGUUAGGUGACGAGGAGGAUGACACUACUUUGUUACAGAGCAAAUAUGCUUACAUGGUGGGUACUGCUGCUGGUUCUCACUCAAAAUUGUUGAAGUCUCACCUAGAUCCCAAGAAGGCCAAAUUUGUUACAGAUUUGAAGCCACAUAUGAUACCACAAUCCAAAAAGAAAGGUGGCUUUACAUUACGGGGGCAGAUGCAUGGUGUAGAUAAUUACCGUUCAAAAGCAAAGCAGAAGGUUGAAACACGCAACGGUGGUCCUUUUCAUAAACAGGCUGGUAAAUUUAUUGAAGAGGGCUAUCCCUUAGGAUCCGAUAUGCUUGAUGAUGCUGAUGAUGAUUGGAGGCAGGAAUACAAGACAGGCAAGAAUGGCCGAAUACGAGGGGAUCCUGUUGGAAGAUUAGACAUGCCCUCAUCAAAUGCAUACACUGCUGAGCGAAAGAAAAAAGGGAGAACUGACCUCGAUCAUUCCAUUGUGAGGUCUAAAUAUUUGCAUGAUUAUGUUGGUGAUGAAGAUGACUCAUUUGAAAGACGGAUGGUUGUGGACAAUAAUGAAGUUGGACAGAGUAGGCAUGGGAGGAAAGGACAGAAAUAUGCUACUGCAUAUAACAGUGAUCAAAUCGAGCGAUCUGAGGCACCAUUGCUUGGUUGCAACUCAGCGUCAAAGAAACGAAAAAUGAAGGAUGAUGUAGAUAUCGGUGGAAGAGAUGAAGAUGGCAAUCUUUUGUCAAACAACCUGACAGAUGAUUUGAUUUACUUGAAAAGAAAAUCAAAGAAAAAAAUAGAGGCUGAGAGGGUUAGUUCAGAAAUGGAUAAUUCUGAUUUGCGUCUUACUGAUUUGGGGACAGCAGACAGAGAACUUGAAAUCAAGCCACCGAAAAAGACAUUCACUUUGAUCACACCAACAGUCCAUACUGGAUUUUCAUUUUCUAUCGUACAUCUUCUUUCAGCAGUCCGCAUGGCAAUGAUUAGUCCACAUGCAGAAGACAGUUUAGAAGUGGGGAAGCCUAGAGAAGAGCUGAACAAAGCACAGGAAGGCACUGCAAAUGGUGACCUUUCUAACAGCAAGAUGGAUGUCAAUGGUGAGUCUGCUGACCAUCUGAACAUGCUGUCUCUUACUGUUCAGGAUAUUGUUAGUCGUGUGAGAUCAAAUCCUGGUGAUCCUUGCAUUCUUGAGACACAAGAACCACUGCAGGAUUUGGUCAGAGGGGUUCUGAAGAUAUUUUCUUCGAAAACAGCACCCUUAGGAGCAAAGGGUUGGAAGGUACUAGCUGUUUAUGAAAAAUCUACCAAAAGUUGGGCAUGGACUGGCCCAGUUAUUCAUAAUUCACCUGACCAUGAUGCCAUUGAGGAAGUGACAUCUCCUGAGGCUUGGGGUCUUCCUCAUAAGAUGCUUGUCAAGUUGGUUGAUUCCUUUGCCAAUUGGUUGAAAUGUGGUCAGGAAACUCUUCAACAAAUAGGAAGUCUUCCAGCGCCGCCUUUGGCAUUGAUGCAAGUCAACCUUGAUGAGAAGGAAAGGUUUAGGGAUCUGAGGGCUCAAAAGAGUCUUAAUACCAUAAGCCCUAGUUCAGAGGAAGUGAGGGCUUAUUUUCGUAAGGAGGAGGUUCUCAGGUACUCCAUUCCUGACAGAGCAUUUUCCUAUACAGCGGCUGAUGGUAAAAAAUCUAUUGUGGCACCUUUAAAAAGAGGUGGUGGGAAGCCAACAUCAAAAGCCCGAGACCAUUUCAUGUUGAAACGUGAUCGUCCACCCCAUGUUACAAUUCUUUGUCUUGUAAGAGAUGCAGCAGCUAGAUUACCUGGAAGUAUCGGCACUAGAGCAGAUGUUUGUACAUUAAUUCGAGAUUCUCAAUAUAUUGUUGAAGAUGUUUCUGAUACCCAAAUUAACCAAGUAGUUAGUGGAGCCUUGGAUAGAUUGCAUUAUGAACGUGAUCCUUGCGUUCAAUUUGAUGGGGAAAGGAAACUGUGGGUUUACUUGCAUAGAGAAAGAGAAGAAGAAGAUUUUGAGGAUGAUGGGACUUCAUCCACAAAGAAAUGGAAGAGGCAGAAAAAGGAUGCUGCAGAUCAAUCUGAUCAAGGAACAGUAACUGUUGCUUGUCAAGGGACUGGGGAACAAAGUGGAUAUGAUCUGUGCUCAGAUCUCAAUGUGGAUCCACCUCCAUGCACUGAUGAUGAUAAAGGGAUGGAACUUUUGUCCACUGAUGCAAGGCUGAAUGUAGAGGCCCAUGUUGAUGUCAAUCGUGCUUCUGAAGAAGGCAAUGUUUGCGAUGGUAAUUCAAUGGCUUGGGAGUCCCUUGGUCUAAAUCAUACUCGAGAGUUAUGCCAAGAAAACUCAACAAACGAAGAUUUUGAUGAUGAAUCCUUUGGUAGAGAAAGGCCUGUUGGACUAUUAAGUGCAAGCUUGUUGUGA